UCCAUUGGCACUGACAGUGGAUACACUGAAAGCUCCUAUAUCAGCAGGCUCCAGUUCCAGCAUCUCCCUCUUGGGGCUGUCCUGUGCAAAGAAGAGAUGCAGCUUAGGUGAUGUGAGACGUCCCAGAUGAAGAGAGAGUGGACAGAAGUGCAUAAAGGAGCACUGUGAGGGCUGCAGGAGGUGGUGGAGUGGGUGUGUUCGCAGGACGCUGUCCUCAGCACCUCGCACUGAGUGGGCGCUUGGAGAGCUUUGCUUGCACUCACUGGAGGCAGGGCACUAAUUAUCUCAGCUCAGAGGCGUACUUUGCUUAUGACGUGUUACUUUCCCUUUCUGCUGGAUGAGAAGUGGCUCCUGUUGCCCAGGGACCUGUGCCAUCCAGAGAUUCACAAGGCAACGACUGGGACAUAGACACAAUUUCACAAGUGAAGAAGAUCCCGUUGGCUUCUGAAGAUGAAGAACCUACUUUGCCUGGUGCUAAUUCCUUUGUGUUGGGCUGCACAUCAUGGGAACUCCACUGUGUAUCUCGACAGGAUCAUUCACAUCCACGAAAAUGGACCACGGCUUGUUGUGGAGGUGGAUCAAACUAAAGUAAUUUCCCAUCGUGGUGGCAAUGCUACACUGCCUUGCAAAUUCCAGCAUGAGUCCAUUACUGCUGGCUCACCCUCUCACAAAAUCCGAAUCAAGUGGACCAAACUAACUUCAGAUUACCUCAAGGAGAUAGAUGUCUUUGUUUCCAUGGGACACCACAAGAGGACCUAUGGCAGCUAUCAGGGCAGGGUUUACCUUCAAGGAGCCAGUGAAAAUGAUGCUUCUCUAGUGAUCACUGACAUAACACUGGAAGACUAUGGGAGAUACAAAUGUGAAGUGAUCGAGGGACUGGAGGACGAUACUGCCAUCAUAUCAUUGGAUUUACAAGGUGUUGUUUAUCCAUUCUUCCCGAGAAUGGGGCGCUAUAAUUUGAAUUUCCACGAGGCACAGCAAGCUUGCCAAGAUCAAGAUGCUAUUAUCGCCUCUUUUGACCAGUUAUACGAUGCCUGGAGAUUGGGACUGGAUUGGUGCAAUGCAGGUUGGCUGAGUGAUGGUUCCGUUCAAUAUCCAAUAACGAAUCCCAGAGAACAAUGUGGAGGCAAACACACGGUUCCGGGAGUACGAAACUACGGCUACAGGGACAAAGACAAGGGCAGAUACGAUGUCUUCUGUUUCACCUCGAACUUUAAAGGACGAUUCUACUACCUAAUCCAUCCAACCAAACUGACUUAUGAUGAAGCUGUACAAGCCUGCAUCAACGACGGAGCCCAGAUAGCCAAAGUAGGCCAGAUGUAUUCGGCAUGGAAACUCCUUGCUUAUGACCGAUGUGAUGGUGGCUGGUUGGCCGAUGGCAGCGUCCGUUAUCCUAUCUCAAAACCAAGGAGACGUUGUAGCCCCAAUGAGGCUGCAGUACGCUUUGUAGGUUUUCCAGACAAAAAGCACAAGUUGUAUGGUGUUUACUGUUAUAAAGCAUAGAACUGCACAACAGUCAGACACAGAUGUCCAAUGUGUAUCCUUCUAUCUGCUGUUGAAUCACAAUUCACUAAGGACGGUGGGAGAUGUGGUUCAACAGCAGCUAGAGCCUCACAGGUUGGACAUUGCUGCCCAGACAGCACAACAGUAUUAAUAAAUAACCAUUAGGAACAUGUGAAAGAUGUAUUUUCAGUAUGAACUCAUUCAAGCUAUAACAACUGUGAUAAACCUUUUUACUUACUGUACAAAGCCUUGUCAUAAAUACCUGCCAUUUGCAUUGUUUUUUUAUGAUUAUCAUUUUACUUUUAUAACUCAUUACUUGGAUUAAAAAGAAAAAAAAACAAUCUCACAUAAUUGCUAGGGAUGGGUCCAAUGCUUAAAGGGACACUACUGUUUAUAAGAGAAAUGCUGUAAUAUUCACAGAUAUUAUUGCAGAGGUUUCCAUAACUUGAUGGAACAGAUUACCUGGAACCCUCCCCAUGCUCAGAAUUACAGUUCAUGACAGGCUCUUACCUACCUACAUUCCAGAUUUUAAAAUUAGGACAUUUUAACUGUGUCACUAAUGAGAAAGACCAUACCCAGUUAUACUCAGUCAAACCCAGUCCUCACAAACUCCUCCCACUUUUAGGGGCAGAUUUACAUAUGGUCGAAUAUCGAGGGUUAAUUAACCCUCAAUAUUCGACUGCCGAAGGUAAAUCCUUCGACU